AUGACAUCAUCACAAAGAGACAGUGUUGUCACUCUUGAAAUGUGCAAAGCGGCUCUACUUCAUUUUGGUCCGUUUUGAGUUCUUCUUCGCAUUUUAACCACCGAAACUAAUAAAAAUGGCUGACUACUGGAAGUCACAACCAAGGAAAUUCUGUCAGUACUGCAAGUGCUGGAUUGCGGAUAAUAAGCCUAGUGUUGAGUUCCAUGAAAGAGGGAAAAACCACAAAGAAAAUGUGGCUGCAAAAAUCUCUGAGAUUAAAAAGAAGAGCCUCGACAAGGCCAAGCAGGACGAAAAAAAUUCCAAACAGUUUGCAGCAAUGGAGGAAGCUGCAAUGAAGGCGUACCAGGAAGAUCUGAAGAGGAUGGAAAUGGAGGCGGCAGGAGUAAGUCCUCCAGCUCCGACGACAACAGUCCCAAGAAAGCCGCCGCCUCAAGCGAAACCUAAAAAACAACAGAAAAAAGAGAAAGCGAGCAAGAUGUUCAGAGAACGGAACCAAGAGCCAGUCUGGGUGGAAGGGCAGUCAGAUGAUGGACACACGUACUAUUACAACUCAGUAACUGGAGAAUCUCGGUGGGAAACACCAGAGGGUUUCCAGGGACAUUGUUCCACCUCUGCACAGCCUGCACAGAUGAAGAGCUCUUCAGCUGGUACUUGGAUGGAAGCUUUCAGUCCUGAAGGUUACACAUAUUACUACAACACAGAAACAGGAGAGUCCAGCUGGGAGAAACCAGGAGACUUUCCUUCCAUUGUGCCGCCUGGAACCGAGUCUAACUGGGAGGGAGAGAGACAGAAGGAGCCUUCAACUCCUCAGCCAGAGCCUCCGUCAGGGGAAGAGGAGGAGAAGGAGAGCUCCAACGGGACCUCAACAGCACAGGAGCCUGAGGUCCCGGAACAGACCGGCCAGCAGCAGAGUGUCCCAAAGAUCAGCUUCAGGAAAAGGCAAGCAGAAGCCGAGUCCUCAGAAAAGGAGGGCGAGGAGGAAAAAGUAAGUGAUGACGAUGCUGCUAAAAAGGAUGCUGAGGAGACUAAGAAAGAGGAAGAGGUCCCGAGCACAACUGCUGAACCUGAGGGGAAGAAAGAGGAAGAGGUGGCACAAAAGGUGACACUAAGGGUGACACCGGCUAAAAGGCCGAAAGCCGCCACUCCAUACGGGGUCUGGGAACAGAUCCAGGAAGAGAAGGAUCCAUAUGCCAAUGUGGACCUGCAGCUGCCCCAAUGGGAGGGAGGCACAGUCAGCGCUCCUUCCGUGCUGCCCCCAGAGCCAAAACCCAAAUUCAAGGAACGCAUUAUCACCUCCCUGGGAGAGGAGGGAGGAUCGACUUCCUUCAGGAAAAACAAGACACAAAACGGCAAAUCCAGGAGCAUCCGACAGAGAGACAAUGACGACUGACU